AAUCACCAUGGAUUCCACAAGUUUAAUAAUUACUUUUAUAUUGUCGUUGUUAAAAAAUGUAGAGCUGCUAGUCGUGAAAGUAAAUGAAGGCCUAUUGCUAGGAGCUCUGCUGCCACUGUCUACCGGCCAAGGGUCAUACUACAGCUUCAAGGGAAUCCCAUAUGCAGAACCACCCGUCGGAAACCUGCGCUUCAAGGAUCCGAGACCAGUCAAACCGUGGAUAGGAAUAAAAGAAGCACUUCUACACGGCCCAGUCUGCAUUCAAUUUAAUCGAAUAAUCAAUUCGUAUGUCCCGGGCAGUGAAGACUGCUUAUACUUAAACGUUUACACUCCUGACUUGACACCAGCAAAACCUUUGCCAGUCAUGGUUUUCAUCCAUGGAGGAGCGUUUAGAAGUGGAUCAGGAAACUCACUUAUUUAUGGCCCAGACUUUAUAGUUCAAAAGAACGUUGUGCUGGUCACAUUGAACUAUAGACUAGAUGCUUUAGGUUUCCUCAAGCUGGACACGAAGGAUGUUCCUGGCAAUGCUGGAUUAAAAGACCAGAGCCUGGCUUUAAAAUGGGUUCACGAUAACAUAGCUGCAUUCGGGGGCGACCCUGAACUGAUCACUCUGGCUGGACAGAGUGCGGGGUCAGCGUCGGUGACGUAUCACAUGCUGUCACCGAUGUCCAAAGGAUUGUUCAAAAGAGCCAUAGCCAUGAGCGGCGUGCCAUUUUGCGAAUGGGCAGUCACGUAUGAGCUUAGGAAAAGAUCUUUUGCACUUGGUAAGUUAUUAGGCAGCAACACAACUGAUCCUUAUGAAAUGUUGAACUUCCUACAAAGUCAACCCGCUUUGAAAAUAGUCAAUAAGUUUCCUAUCGUGAUACCAGAAGAAAUAUUUUGGAAUUUUGGACUGAAAAUGACAGCGUUCCAACCUGCCCCGGAAAAAGACUUGGGGCACAAACGAUUUUUAGUUGAGUCGCCGAUUGAGACGCUCAAACGAGGAAACAUCACUCCAGUAGAUUUGCUGUUGGGGCACACUAGUUUGGAAUACUUGUUUCAACUGCCAAACAUUAAUAGUUCUCUUGUUAAUUACAGUCUAAUGCGCAGGCUACUAAUCCCUCGCGAAAUUAUACUGUACGGCUCGCCCCAGCUGGACUUUGACGCAAUAGCUGAUAGAAUAUAUGACAAAUAUUUCGGCCAAAGUGCCAUUGGCUAUGGCACACUGUAUGAGUUUCUUCAGUAUUUCAGCCAAGAAUCAUUUGAGUAUCAAAUAAGAAGGUUCUUAAAGUACCUUUCCGCUGUAAUUAAGAGGUAUUUUUACAAAUUCUUCAUCAUAUCGGAUAGAAAUCGAUACGCAUCAUUGGGCGAGCCGUAUGGGAUAGUUGGGGUGAGCCAUUCGGAUGAUAUCGAAUAUAUCUUCGACUCCAGAGUAGCGAAGGGCGGUUUUCCAGUGAAUGUAACAUCUGAGAUCUACAGACUGAUUAACCAGACUGUCACGUUGUUUACAAACUUCGUAAAAUAUGGAAAUCCGACUCCGGACGGCUCCCUCGGCGCAGUCUGGCCGCAGUACGACGAGACUUCCAAAGGCUACAUGAAGAUCAACUCCACCUUGAGCGCUGACAGCAAUCCCGACGCUGAUGCCGUGGCCUUCUGGACUAGCAUCUUCAGCGAAGCUGGAAUAGAAUUGCCUUGAUAGGGCUAUCUCGAUAUUUUUAAUAAAUUUCAUAAAUUGUAAGAGUAUUUCGUAACUUAGACCUCUAGUCCUAAACUAAACUGUGCUUGUACAGUCAGCGUCAGAUAGAUCGAAGUGUCUAAGAUAGCCAAAAUGAUCUGAUAUUCAAUAUUUCUUAUUAAUGUAGCUAACCAGUCAAAGUGAGCAAAUUGUUUGAGGCACCCAAAGUAGUCGAUAUAAUUUUAUAUGAGC